AUGGAUCAAUCAACCCAAGGUUGUGAAACUGAAGAUAUUUAUUGUGAUUGUUAUUCUACAUUAUCGCAAAUUACAUCUACUACAAUCAAUGACAUUGAUUCAUUGCCGUAUAAUUUUAAUUUGAGAACCGUACUUAUUUUAGUAGGAGCAACUGUAGGUGGGCUAUUAUUUGGUUAUGAUACAGGUGUCAUAUCUGGUGUUUUAAUUAAUCUGAAGGCCGACGAUUUGAAUCGAGCAGAUUUGACAGACUGGCAUAAGGAGAUCAUAACCUCAAUUACUAGUGUUGGAUCUUUUCUUGGUUCAAUAUUAGCCUUUCCCUUAGCAGAUAAAUUCGGGAGAAAAAUUUCAAUGUCUAUAUGCUGUAUUAUUUUUAUCUUGGCUGCUUUUUGGAUGGGAUUUUCCAUAACUUUAAGUUGGUUGAUAAUUGGAAGGUUUAUUGUUGGUAUUGCAAUUGGAAUCUCUGCACAAUGUGUACCAAUUUAUUUAACAGAAAUAUCACCUGCAAGGAUUAGAGCCACUAUUCUGGUAUUGAACUCUAUUGCAAUAACAGGAGGGCAAUUACUCGCAUAUUUAAUUGCAUUUGGUUUUGAUUAUCGUUAUUACAAUAUUGAAAAUAAACAAUUUUGGAGAGUAUUAUUUAUGUUAUCUUGUGUUCCUGCAUUUUUUUUCCUUCUGAUCUUAGAUUUUAUACCAGAAUCACCACGCUGGUUAGUAAUGCAAAAGAAGUAUAAAGAGGCUUUAAUGGUAUUGGACAUUGUUUAUCCAAAGGCUGAUACAUAUCAAUUAAAUUUAAUUUUACAAAAGAUUGUUAAUGAUUUGAGCAUAAUUUAUAAAUAUCAAGAUAAACCAGAAUUAAAUAGAAUUCACACCACUCAUUUGAAGAGAAACAGUGUAUAUGAUCAAUUAGUAACGACUAUUGUCACACGUAAUGAAAAUAUGGCAUUAUCAUUUAGUGAUAUAGUUGAUAAUAGUGCUGAUAGUAGUACUGAGUCUGAAACAACUCCACUACAAAACAAUAAAAAACAUUAUAACAGAAAGAAACAAAGACAUAGAAUGGAACCAAAAGCUAAAAGAGCAUUAUUUGUCGGUUGUACAUUAAUGUUCUUUCAACAGAUAACUGGUUUUAAUGCAUUCAUGUAUUAUUCUCCAAUAAUUUUUCAAAGAUUCGACUCAAUUAAUAAUCCAAUCCUACCAUCAAUUAUUGUUGCUUUAAUAAAUUUUAUUUUCACUUUUUUAGCACUAAAAUAUGUUGAUAUAUAUGGGAAAAGAUUAAUGUUAUUAUAUACAAUAUGGAUAAUGACAUUUGGGUUAUUACUUUCUACUAUGGGAUUUGCAAGAAAUAACGUUACAAUAUUAAUAGUAUCAAUAACAAUAUUUGUUGGUGGAUAUGCAUUAGGGAUGGGGUCUAUUCCAUGGUCAUCAGUUGAAUUUUUGCCUUUAAAUAGAAGAUCAUUUGGGGCAUCAUGUAUAUCGUGUACAAAUUGGUUAACUAACUUUCUUAUAUCAUCAACAUUUUUAAGUUUGUUGGAUAAAGUUGGUGAUGAAGAUUUAAUGUUACUGUUUGCUAUUUUUACAAUAUUUACAUGGUUAUUUGUAUAUUUUUGUUAUCCAGAAGUGAAGGGGUUAACAUUAGAAGAGAUUGGAAAAGUUUAUGAGAAUGGUAUUGAUGUUCAUUAUAUAUAUAGAAAUUACCAUUAA